AUGAGCGCUCGACAAGAGAAAAAACAAGAGUCUUCUACAUCUCCAACGUCGCGAGGCCGAUCAAGAUCCCUUUCCGGUUCUGCCAAUAUGCCGUUGACCCUAUCACCAAUGUCACCUCGCAUCUGCCGAAAUCAUAUGCCACCAGAUGAAGACCUGGGAGAUCCACGUACGAGAAAACGGAUUGUGGUUUCGACAGACUCAGGGACUGGUCGCCAUAUAUCUGAAGGCGUCGCGGAAAGCAUGCUCCUCCUCGAAGACAACUCAACACCCAGCUUCCCCAAAAAGCACAAAACACCCAGAUUUUCGUUCACCAAAAAGAAAAUCACUUGCGAAGACAUCGAUCGGUGGAGCAUCAUCACUUUCCCAUUUCUAUUCACCCUUUUUAACAUCAUUUACUGGAGCUACUAUCUGACUCGCGCUCAA